UCAGUCAGCAAUCGGCAGUCAUUUGAAAUGCCUCCACCAGGACGAGGCUACGGAGGACGCCCACAACAAGGACCUGGACCCUGCUAUGGACCGCCCCGCGGCGGUGGCGUGAACGUUGGCAUCAACAUCGGCGGACCGCCGCGUCAGCCACCCAUCGGAGUGGGCAUCGGCUUCUGUCCACCGCCAGUGAUUAUUGGUGCACCGCCGCCACCUGCUGUGAUCAUCGGAGCUCCACCACCGCCACCCGUGUAUAUGCCACCGCCCCGACAGACCGUUGUGGUGGGCGCUCAGCCAGCGGUCUAUGCCCAACCCACUGGGGAGGUUGUCUGCUGCACGAUUCUCUGAACCCUCUAAAAUAUCUCUUCUUAUAUAAAUAGUGUUAAAUGUUUCGAAAAUUAAUCUAAUAAAAACCAAAACAUGUAUUCAAUA